AUGUCUGAAGUUAGAAACCGCCAUCAAAAGAAAAAAAAUGGCCAUGGCUAUGCCUUAGACCAUAAAUCCCAUUCAACUGACUCACCUGACAGUGAUGAUAUUGAUGAACUCCUCAUCCCAAAAUCUUCAUCUUUUAAUAAAUCAAAUAAAAACUCUCUCUCCUCACAAAAUCAAACUCAUUACCGUAUAGCCCUUUACAUCCUUACUGCUAUCGCUUUCAUCACUCGGUUUUAUAUCAUCAACUACCCAGACGAAGUCGUCUUUGAUGAAGUCCACUUUGGCAAGUUUGCAAGCUUUUACCUCCAAAGAACUUACUUCUUUGAUCUCCACCCACCAUUUGCAAAAUUACUCAUUGCAUUUGUCGGUUACAUUGUAGGAUACGACGGUGCUUUCAAAUUUGAUAAUAUUGGUGAAUCCUACAUUACAAACAAGGUCCCCUAUGUCGCUUACAGAUCUCUCUCUGCAACCCUAGGUGCCCUCACUAUCCCAAUCAUCUUCCUUACCCUCAAGGAAAGCGGUUACAGCCUCAAUGCUUGCAUUCUAGGUGCUGCCGUUGUCCUCUUUGACAAUGCUCAUGUCGCUGAAACUCGUCUGAUUCUUCUUGAUUCUACCCUCAUCAUCUCAGUCGCUGCUACCAUGUAUACCUAUGUUCAAUUCUCUAAACGUCGUGACGAACCUUUCUCUAAAAAUUGGUGGAAAUGGCUCAUCCUUACAGGUGUCGCUUUAUCUUGUGUCAUUAGUACAAAGUAUGUCGGUGUCUUUACUUUUGCAACCGUCGGAUGCGCCGUUCUCAUUGAUCUCUGGAACCUCCUCGACUACAAGGCUGGUCUCUCUCUUAAACUUUUCUCAAAACACUUUGCUGCACGAUUCCUUGGACUUAUCCUUGUUCCUCUAACCAUCUUCCUCUUUUGGUUCUGGGUUCACUUUAAGAUUCUAAUUAACUCAGGACCCGGUGACAACUUCAUGUCUCCUGAAUUCCAAGAAACUCUUGGUGAUAACCCUCUCACCAAAGACGCAAAACAAGUCAACUUUUAUGACAUUGUCACCAUCAAACACAAGUCCACCCAAGCCCUUCUCCACUCUCACAAUGCUAGAUACCCCCUCAAGUAUGAUGAUGGAAGAAUCUCCUCCCAGGGCCAACAAGUUACAGCUUACACCCAUCCUGACGAAAACAACAAUUGGCAAAUUAUCCCCCCCGUCGAAUUCCCAGAAGAACACAAGUAUGGUGUCCCCGUCUAUACUGGACAACAUAUUCGUCUCCGCCAUGUUGCUACCGACACUUAUCUCUAUACCCACGAUGUUGCUUCCCCCCUUUUACCAACCAACCAGGAAUUCACAACUAUUUCUCCUGAAAAGGCUCUGGGUGAAAAGUUUAACAAUACCCUUUUUGAGAUCCGCUCAAAAUCAAACCGUCAGCGUGUUAAAACUAAACUUGGUUACUUCUCUCUUGUCCAUCUUACAAAUAAGGUUGCCAUGUGGUCUAGCGGGAAGAAACUCCCUGACUGGGGCUUUGGUCAGUUUGAUGUCAAUGGUAACAAGAACCUUAAAGAUAUUACCAACAUUUGGUACUUUGAUGAUAUCAUUGGCUUGACUGACCCUGAACGUCUCAAAUACGUUCCUAAAGAACGCAAGAAACUCCCAUUCUUCCGUAAAUACCUCGAACUUCAAGCAAGUAUGUUUGCCCAAAACAACAACCUUUCCAAAGAACACCCUUACGCCUCCCAACCCAUCUCCUGGCCUUUCUUGCUUCGUGGUGUUUCCUUCUGGACAAACAACAAAACCAAAACUCAAAUCUACUUUAUUGGCAAUCCAGCCGGCUGGUGGGUCGAGACUGCAUUAAUUGCUGUCUAUCUGGGUGUUCUUGCUGCCGACCAGCUUACUCGUCGCCGUAACGUCCUAAUCCUUGAUAACCGUACCCGCAGCAAGCUCUACAACUCCAUGGGCUUUUUCUUUGUUGGUUGGGCUACCCAUUAUUUCCCCUUCUUUUUGAUGGACCGCCAAAAGUUUCUUCACCAUUACUUACCUGCACACCUUCUCGCUGCAAUGCUUGCUGGUGCCCUUUUUGAUUUCUUUUUUGGCGAGCUCGAAGAACCCUUGGAUGAACCCAGAGUGCCCUCGCGCAAGGAAAGACUGGUCCGCAAGCUUUCAAACCUCAAAAUUACAUACACUGGCGUCACCAUCGUUUACGUGGCUAUCCUGAUUGCCACCUUCAUCUACUUUUCUCCAAUCACAUAUGGCUGGCCAAGUCUGACCCCAGCACAAGUCCAAGCUAGACAAUUUUUAAACGUUGGCAUGCACUUUAACAAAUAA